AUGCUUUCCUCGCCCGUCCGUUCCGCUUCUCUCUUUCUUUUGUUUACUUCGGCGCUGUCGGAGUUUACCCCAUGCCCAUUGCUGGGCCCUUUUUACCCUCCUUUCAAGGUCGAUAUCAAUGACAAGGCAAUUGAAAGUUCCCUCAAAAACCUUACUGCUAAAUUUGAUGAUCUGAUGCGCACUGGUGACGGCGAAAAUGGACCUGUCAAUAUCAACACUACCUCCUUUAGCAUUGCAGUGUUCUCUACCAAUGAAGGAACCGCCGAGGAUGAGCCUUUCUAUUGGCAGUAUCACUACACUGCUCCUGAUUAUAAGAGUGGUCCGAAUAAGCCCGGAAAUGUCACAAAAGACAGCAUAUAUCGCAUCGGUGGCCUGACUGAGAUUUUUACUGUUUGGUCUCUCCUCAGGACUCUGGGAGAUGGUAUCUUCAAUGAUCCCGUCACCAAGUACCUCCCUGAGCUCUCCAAUGGUUCAUCCACCCAUGUAUCUAUUCGUCAGACUAGGUGGAGCGACAUUACUGUCGGUCAGCUUGCCAGUCACAUGGGCGGAAUUCCCCGAGAUUAUUGCUCUAACGACUUGACCUCGGAAGCGGAUAUUUCCAAGGCUGGACUCCCAGAGCACUCGGAUUUUGACCGGCCUUGCUGCAGCUCUGACUCAAAAUGCAGUCAAAAAGAAUUUCUCCGCCAGCUGUCUAAGCAGGCUCCUAUCGCCAAUCCCGGUCAAACCCCCAUUUAUUCGAACAUGGCCUUCCAGCUUCUGGGGUACAUAAUCGAGCGACGCACUGGUCAUAGUUUCAAGAGUGUCCUCAGGAACCAGAUCCUCGACCCCCUCGAGCUGAACGAAACAUCCAUAUUCGCCCCCCUGGACACCGAGACUGCUGUCAUUCCCGUCAAUCAGAAAGCCAGUGGCUGGCUGGCCCAUCUCCCCGGAACCGAAGCAUCGACCUCCAUGUUUAGCAGUCUAGACAACCUCGCCCGCGUUGGCCAGGCUAUCAUGGACUCUACUCUUCUCACUACUUCUCAAACCAACCGCUGGUUAAAGCCUGCUACUCACACCGCGAAUCCCGCCAAUUCUAUCGGAUACCCAUUCGUCAUCUACAGCGGGGGCGAUUACCCUAAGACAUCGCCAAUGGUCGACGUAUACACCCUCCUCAGCAACGAAGGCUACCAAGAAAGUCUGUAUAGCUCAUACAUGGGCCUAGUUCCGGACUGGGGCGUCGGCUAUGCCAUCCUCUCCGCAGAUACCGAAUCACCAGCCGAUUUAAACGCACACGCGGAUUACAUGCAAGAAGCGCUAGACGGCGUGGUCAAAUCAGCAGUUACUCAGGCUGCUGAGAAUUACUGUGGCGCGUAUGCCAGCGCUAGUAGCUCUAACUCGUCUCUUUCCAUUGACUAUACGGAGAGAGUAGGAUGGGGAAUUUACAUCGAUGAGUUUGUGAGCAAUGGUCAAGAUUACCGCGAGACUUUGUCGAAGCUUCUCGGUGUCUCUCAUGAGACUGAUCUUAGUAUUCGCUUGUACCCGACCCGUUUGAGUGAGGAAUAUAAGGCUGGCUCAAAGCAGUCGUUCCGUGCUGCUUUGCAAGAUAUGACUGAAUUGGCAGAUAAUGAUACCCCGACUUGUGUUUCGUGGAUGCAUGUGGAUAGGUACCAGUACAACGGCCAUGGGCUGGAUGAGUUCAUCUUCACUCUUAAUGCUGAAGGUAAGGUUGUUAGCGUCGAAGUCCCUGCUCUGGAAGUGACUCUAGAGAAGGAGAAGGAGAAGGAGAAAUAG